AAGAACCGCACGCUUCCAGCCCCAGCUCCGGACGGGACUCCCACACUGCCGCCGCUUGCUGCAAAACCUCUGCGCCUCUUUUCCACAACUUCGCACUACUUGUCACAUCUGUGCAAUAAAAGAAAAGAAGAGAGAGAGAGAGAGAGAGAAAAAAGGUCUGAGGCAGCAAAGUGUGGCUGCAUGGCUACAUGAGAACUUUCAUGGACUUGGAUGUUUUAGCGACGCUUUAUUGGAGCUCCUCGCCUCUGUAGUUACUGUGGAUUACUGACACACCGCAAGAGCCUUGGCAGCGUUUUACUGGGAAGUCUGAGCCGACAUGGGGAGCAAAGCCCUGCACGCUCCGAUCCCCCUGCACCCAGCCCUGCAGCUCACCAACUACUCCUUCCUGCAGGCCGUCAACACGUUCCCGGCGGACCAGCUGCAGGGGCUGUACGGCCUGAGCGCGGUGCAGACCAUGCACAUGAACCACUGGACUCUGGGCUAUCCGCACAUGCAGGGACUGAGGUCGACGAUCACGGCGGCCGCCCAGGGCCUGRUGGACCCCAGACUCCCCUUCCCGGCGUUGCCUUUCACGGCCGCCGCGCAGCUCUUCCACCCGAAGCAGGCCGCCGCCGCCGCCGCCGCGCACGGCGUCCCCGCGCUGCACAAGGACAGACCCAGGUUYGACUUCGCCAACCUGGCCCUCGCCGCCACCCAGGAGGACCCGCCGAAAGCUGCCCACCUGGCAAAGCUGGCGUCGGGCCUCGGGGGCAGCAUCUCCGAGCUGAGCAAGCUGUCCCCGGACCGGAAACCGACCCGGGGCCGACUCCCRUCCAAGACGAAAAAGGAAUUUAUUUGCAAGUUCUGCGGCAGACAUUUCACCAAGUCUUACAACCUCCUGAUUCACGAGAGGACCCACACAGACGAGCGGCCUUACACCUGUGACAUUUGCCACAAGGCCUUCAGAAGACAAGACCACCUCAGAGACCACAGAUACAUCCACUCCAAGGAAAAACCCUUCAAAUGCCAAGAAUGUGGGAAAGGCUUCUGUCAGUCUCGAACCCUGGCGGUGCAUAAAACCUUACACAUGCAGGAGUCUCCCCACAAAUGCCCCACAUGCGGAAGAACCUUUAAUCAAAGAAGUAACCUGAAAACUCACCUUCUCACCCAUACAGACAUCAAGCCCUACAGCUGUGGCCGCUGCGGAAAGGUGUUUCGGCGCAACUGUGACCUGCGACGGCACAGUUUGACGCACAGCCCGCAUCAGGACUACUAGCCCCGGACAAACUAACAAAUAAUAAUAAUAAUAAUUAUAAUAAUUAUAAAAGAAAGGAAAAAAAUAUGGACAAAGCCCAGGGAGGACAAAAGCAGCGACAUUUUUUUUUUCAUCAAACAGACUUUUGGAAGGAGGACAACGUUUUACUGUUGGCUCCUCUGAGGGACAGCAGCUUCCUGCCCACCUGUAAAUAUAAUGUACAAAAUGUUGUUUAUUGUUGUUGUUGUUUUUCCUGACUCUGAAAUGUUAAAAGUUGUGAACAAAACUGUUAUAAGUUUAAAGUAUGCUAAAUUGUAUUGUAGAAAUAAAUAUUUCGGCGACACUCUU